CCGCAGCCGUUUUCCUUCCUCUCCUGGGAUUAGCAAAAGAAAGUAAAAGCUCCCAACUCCCCUCCCUUCGCGACCUGCCCCUUCUCCUUGCACGGCAAGAAAGCACCGUCCCGCAGAGUCUAGCGGGAAGCAAACCACGGGAUUUCGCCGGCGCCAGUGCUGCCGGGGAGCGGGUAGUCUGCGCUCCAGCUCCCUUCACAGGACCGCACAGCCGCCGCUUUCUCCUGCUGUUGUGGCUGGCAGGAACUCUCCCUGCUCUCGGCGCUCUCCUCUUUCUGUGGGAAAUCCCAGCAGCAAAGGUUCUGGCGGAGGCGCCCCAUGUUCAGACGCUCCCAUCUCAAGAUCCUGCUUAUUGGGAAUUCAGGGGCGGGCAAGUCUGCCCUGAUGAACCAGUAUGUUAACAACCGUUUCAGCAGCCGCUACAGAGCCACUAUUGGGGCCGACUUCCUCAGCAAAGAAGUACACAUAGAUGGACGCACACUGACAGUGCAGAUCUGGGACACAGCUGGCACAGAAAGGUUUCAAGCACUGGGCACUGCCCUCUACCGCGGUUCAGACUGCUGCCUCCUCGUCUUUGAUGUCACAUCAAUCAACUCUUUCCAAGCCCUGGAAAAGUGGCACAAGCAGCUCUUGUUGCAGAUCGAGCCUGAGGAAGAGCCUACUUUCCCCAUAGGCAUCAUUGGAAACAAAAUCGACUUGGAGAACCGUGAGGUAACUUUAGAGGAAGCAGAACUGUGGAGCAAGCUUCAUGAAGCCACAUACUUUGAAACCAGUGCUAAGGCAGCCACCAAUGUACAGGAAGUAUUUGAGUGGGCCAUAAGGACUGUCCUGAAGAAUCGCAGGGUAGAUGAGCAGCCACAACCCGAUUCCAUUCAUCUGGAGACCAAGCCACCAGAAGGGGCUCACAGAGGAAAGUGUAACUGCUGAUGAGCCCAAAUGCUGAUGGGAAGAUUCCUUCUUUCUGCCUAGCAUAGGAGUUACCUGCCUGCAAUACAACGGAAAAGGGCAGGCAGAAGGGCAGAUGGGACACAACAGGGGUGCCCCAAGGACAUUUGGCACCAGGUUAAACAGACCAUCACCCCUCUGGAAGAGGCAGUUAUCAGUCUGCAAGUAUGGGGCAGGCAGGCAGGCAGGCAGGCAGACCUGGAUGACCCAAGCACAUGAAAAUAAA